AUGAAGAAUCAAGCCGGAGGAGUCGAUCGGCCGGUGGCGAUUCCGUUCAAGUUCCAGCAGCUGGGCACAUUACCGAUUAGGAUAACCCUCACGUUCAUUUCCCUUGCUCUUCUUUUGACCCUCAUUGUUACUCCUCUUCCUCCAUCUACUUUCCAGCUCUUUUUCACUCGCCAGUUAAUUGAUCAUCAUCAGUCAUUUGAUUCCCUCCGGAACUCAACAAAAGUCGGUUCUUUAAACUCGUCCCAGAAGUCAGUUGCGGAAAGGCCAAAGGAAAACGAAAGCUGUGAUUUGUUUUCGGGGGAAUGGGUACCGAAUCCGGAGGCUCCGUAUUACACAAACGAGAGUUGCUAUAUAAUACCGGAUCAAGUAAACUGCAUGAGGUUCGGAAGACCCGAUUCAGAUUACUUGAGAUGGAAGUGGAAACCCGACGGCGAGGAUUGUAAUCUGCCCAUAUUCGAUCCGCAUCAGUUCCUGGAACUCAUGAGAGGAAAAUCAAUUGCAUUUGUUGGUGAUUCCGUGGGAGGGAAUCACAUGCAUUCGUUGAUUUGCCUACUGUCUAGGGUUGUUUACCCUGAGUUUAUAUCUCCAAACAAGAAUGGUCGCGAUCGCCCGGCUGAUGAACAUUGGGUCUACAAAGAUUACAACUUCCACAUUUCAAAGUUUUGGGCGCCAUUUCUGGUGAGAUCCGAAAUCUCCGAUCCAUCGGAUCCAGGCAGUCCUUUCAGGAUAUAUAUCGAUGAGUGUGAUCAAUAUUGGAUUUCAAAAAUUGAAAGGUACAGUUACAUUAUCAUCUCAGCUUCUCAAUGGUUCUUCAAGCGAACCCUAGUAUACGAAAACAAAACCCUAACCGGCUGCGCUGUUUGCGAUCAACAACAAACAAAUGUCGCCAAAUUAGACUUUUAUUUAACCUAUGCAAAAGCAUUCCAAACAGCUUUCAAAGCCAUUAACGGCUUAAAAGAUUUUAAGGGCGUGACUUUUCUUAGAACGAUUCUAACGCCACAUUACGAAGGCGGGGCGUGGAAUGAAGGAGGAAAUUGUGUGAGGAUUGAGCCCUUUAAGAGGAAAGAGACUAGUUUGGAGUAUUUGGUUUCGGAAAUGCAUAGGAUACAAGUGAAGGAACUCAGGGUUGCGCAAGAAGAAGGGCAAAAAACUGGUUUAAGAUUCCGAUUGUUUAACGCGACGCAUCCGAUGAGUCUCCGGCCAGAUGGACAUCCUAGUAAGUAUGGACACCCUCGGCAUCAGACAGAAAUUACCUUUAACGACUGCCUUCAUUGGUGCUUGCCUGGACCUCUUGAUACAUUGAAUGACUUCUUGCUUGAGUUACUUAGGAGGGAAGUAGUAGGACGCAGUUCAUAG